AUGUCGCUCUUUCAGAUGAUCUUUGAUUAUGCCGCGCCUGUGUUUCUCAUUACCUCACCUCUCACCUCCUACGCGGACCAGAUCGUGAGCAUCCAUCGCUCAAGGAGUUCAGCCGGUUUCUCCUUGGAUAUCCCUUUGAUUAUGCUUGUUUCCUCGAUCUUGAAGGUUUACUAUUGGUUUGGAGAAUACUACUCUGGGACUUUGCUCACACAGGCAAUUGUCAUGAUCAUCGUUCAAUUGGUGAUGCUCAAGGUUGCGCUGGACAACCGGCCUUCAACCGGUGGACGCAAUGGAAUUGAGCAUGCGCCUUUCAGCGGUGCUGGCUCCAACGCUACCGCGAGGCCGUAUGAAUUUUGGCAGUGGAAGAACGACAAGCCAUACUGGAUGUUCCUCGCCUAUUUCGUCGGAAUCCUCGGUUUCAUUCACUUGACCCCAAUCGCUCAAUCAGACUACUAUAUCAGUUUGCUCGGCUACGUUGGACUCGCAGUCGAAGCCACCCUCCCCGUCCCUCAGAUCGUCGCCAACCACCAAUCCGGCUCAUGCAAGGGCUUCCGAGUAUCCGUCAUUGCAGCAUGGAUUCUCGGUGAUACCAUGAAGAUGAGCUACUUCUUCAACAGCUCCGAGACUAUCCCAUGGGCGUUCAAGCUCUGUGGCAUGUUCCAGUGCGUGUGUGACUUCUACCUUGGCUUCCAGUUUUAUAUGUUCUCCCGGAAAUCGACCCCUACCCACUCCCGACACACCUCUCAAGCUGUGGGCGGGUCUGAUCAGAAUGGUCGUUGGGGCCAUGAGCCGAAGGACAUUCGCAUGAACUGA